CACACAUAGCUUACCAUGAGGCGACAAUAGGGAAUCGUCUCAAUCCCCUAAACCCCCUCCUUUGCCUUUGAACUCGCAGAAAUCGGAGUAUCAGUAUCUUAUCUUCCAUGGAGGUUUUGGAUCAAAGCUCUCAUACUGCUUUCUGUUUCUUCUAAGAAAGCUUUUAAGCUUCAUCAACAAUGUCGUCUCUUUAUUCCUCUCACUUGUUAUCUUCUGUUUAUCUCCAGAUCUCUUCAAAGAUGGCUCUUAAAACCCCUCACCGUUCUCUGCAGCUGGGAUCAUUCCCACGUAAUAAAGAGUUGGGCUGCAGCUUUGGUUUCAAAUCAUAUGGAGUGCUUCAAAAUUCUGUGCCCAUGUCAAAGGUCUUUUGUGCAAUGAACAUGGCGGCAGGGCAGUCAUCAAAUGAUUCUGGGAAGACAAAGUUUGACCAGUUGAUGGAAAAGGCAAGGAAAUUGUGGGAAGCUUCCCCUCAGCCAGUGAAGAGCUUCCCUUGGAACAGAGCAUUUGACAACUUCAUUCAGCUUACCCUGGACCUCUUCCUGGCAGUUGUUAAAUACUUAUCUGUACCUUUACUUGCAGUGUCCUCUCUUAGUGAGAUGUCUUACUGUGCACAUGAAAGGAAGCUGAAACUUGUCCCUUUUCCAUUAUUCAUCGGAAUUACUCUAGCUGGAGUCUUGAGGCAGACAGCUUUGGAAAUUUCUCCACUUCUCAAGGAUGCAGAAGUUCCUUGGCAUCUAAUUUGCAUGGCUAUUUUCUUCACUUUGCUUAAAUUGCCAGGCCCAUACUACCCAUACUGGGGGCGCAUAUUUAUCCCACAUUUUGCCAAUGGGGGUUUAUUAAGGACUCUAUGGUUUGCUAUUUUGUGGUACAGAAGACCCCAAAAGACAUCAAGAACAGCAUUGCCACAGGAUUCAGAAAACAAGCCUUAAUUUUUUCAGGUUUAACAUGACCAGGUAGUAUUUUUUCUCAAAUGAAGGUUGUAGUAAUUGAACCGCUAAGGCUGUGUUUCUAAGAGUUAAGAGUCGCUUCUAGUAGAAGGUUAAAAAAGUUUGUGAUUUGAAUGUUUUUGCUGGUUUUGAUGGCAGUAAGAGUACCAAUUUAUCAUUUCUUUGUCCAAGAGCAAUGAUCAAGGUAAACUAUGUGCUUGUUUGGGUACAGAAUCGUUUAUCGACUGUAGUGCUGUUAAAAAUUCGAAUGCAAAAUGUUUUGGCAUAACAAAUCUCUUACAGAUUUAUUCAAUAUUAACUAGCAUUUCAGUGUUA